AUGAAAAGACGAAGUGCCGCUGACCCAUUUUACAGUGACUGGGACGGCCUCUUCUUCAGUAAAGGCGAAAUUCUAGACGACGGGGAUCUCGGUUCCAUUCUUGGAAAUGUUAUAGGUGGAAGUCCGGCUAAUGGUGUUUCUCCGAUUCUUGGGAGGGAGACGAUCACAUCCCCAAUGUCGCCUCCAGUGUCAAAAUUGCAAGCACAGAGGAAUCUCCAGAAAGAGGAAAAUGCGGCCGCGAGACGUAGUGCUUCUGCUGCAGCUCUUGGAGGAUCUCGGAGCAGAGGUGCAGGUGCUGGAGGUAGUGCAUCCUCAAACUCUAGCAGUUCUGGAGGCGGUAACAACUACACAAAAGGCGCUGGAAGCAAUAACACGAAGCAAGCACAACCAUCAAUUGAUCCCCUAGAGGCAUUCUGGCUCGAUGGUCUCGAGAGGCAGAAUCAGGCGCAGUUGACGCGCACAAGGGCAGGCGCUCUAAUGCGCAGACUUUCGUCAUCUGGCACGGUAGGUGCUGGGAACAGCCCGGCCUCGUCCCUCGGACGCGCGACGCAACAGGGAAACAACGUCAAGGACGCUGUAAGCGCAAUCUCAAAAUUGCUGGUGGCUCAGAAAAACGCUUCCCAACGUGGAGAGGCUCAAACAGAAGAUGCGGUCAGCAGAAUGAUCGAGGAUGCCUCGAAUCCGCAACCGACGAAAAUAGCGGAAAACGAGUCUCCGGUCUCAGCGGCGCGUCGUCAUCGCAUCAAACACCAAGGCGCUUUGAAGAAAAUGACCUCGCUGUUGGAACUAACAGGCCACAAGUUGCCGACUGGUGGAUCUGGGAAUGCCGCUGAUUCACCACCAAGUGGCGAGUUGAAGCUUACUGGAGCCCCGAUUGCUAAGAAACGAGUCGUGAAGAAGGCUCCUGCGGGAACUAAGAAGGGAGCCGUAAAAGGAGGAAAGAAAGGGGAAAGCGGCGGCGACGAUGAUGUUACGGCCCGUUUUACUAAUUAUAAUUCAUUACUAAGUCUAAUUCUUCUUUUACUGCAUCCGAAGGCUUCGUUUCUACGGUCAUUAUGAAGGAUGAUAAGAGGGACUACAGCAUGCAGCAUUCACUGCGUUUUUCUUGAAAAGUAUUUUCUUGGGGAGCAUUGAUAUAAUUUCCUUGUGAGCAAACGUAAAGGCCGUAAACUAUUCAGGGAAGAUCAUGCAGUUCGUUGAAAGAUGAUUGAAUUAGGGAGUAGAUGAGGUCUAAUGCUGAGGAGUCAAGUGGCGUUGUCUCAGCAGGUGUGGCAAAACGGCUUAGUGCUGCUUCUUCUGCGCCUCUGGAACAAGGCUCUCCUGGUGGAGGGACGAACGGAGGAGCAGCCCCAUCAGCAUUUUACACAGAUCCUGAGAGUCCCCUGUCAUUGUCGAGACGAGAUUCCUCAGCAAAAAGUUCAGCUGGAGAAGACAGCGGCCACGAGAAUAGUGAUGACGAUCUUCUUCAAGAUGAAGAUUUCCAAUUUUUCUUUGCUCCGGAACUGCAGGAACAAGAUGAAGACGAAGAGCUUGAGCUGCAGGGAGGGGUGAGCACUCCAGGAGGAGACGAUGCUGGCGCCGCAUCCCCUGCUACCUCUACGCCAGUCAGGGAGCGGCCUUCGCCUGAAAUGCAGACAGGGGGCGCAGCAUCACAGCCAGGCCUCGUCAGUCCGAACAACGGAGCAGGAGUGACGACGGCCACUGCCUUAAGGCUGCUUCAAGAAAUCCAUCUUAGCCAGCAUCUUGGUCCCCGUGUCCUUUCCAAAGGGAAGCAAAGCGGGCUGCAUCAAGAUGCUCUACAAGAUGCUCGACAAGUUUUCUAGCUCUAACUACAACGCUUGCUUCACGUUUAAGCAUAGCGGCAGCUAGUGCCUCUCCCACCAACAGCGGGAGCAACCUAGCAAAUGCAGCAGCUGCAUAUCUGAACAUGACAUCAAGGGCUUCGCAACAGUCUCUAACAUCUUUUGGCAACGUAGCAGGAGUAGGCCCUCGUGGCCGGGUGAGCGCUCUGCUCAACGGUCAAGGAACAGAGGAUGGCUUGCCUUCAACGACUGGCCCUUCCGCUCCCCUACUAGAACAGCGCGUUACAGGUAAGAAACGCGAACUCCUCUCCGCAUUGACCAAGGUAUUUGAGAAGUUGCAGUUUCUUCGCUGUUGGCCCGCGUGGCAUCGACGUGAGCUUGGCGCACAGUCGUUGCUUUUGUCCAGGAUUUUCCUUUCCACGUUGCAACACGGGCCAACAGCCUUACCGAACCCAGAAGACGCGCGUGAGGCCUUCGACAACUUGGAACAAGUCCGCAUACUUCAGCAAGACCUCCUAGCUUUUGGCAGUCGGGCACAACUUCCAGCGUUGGUCUUAUGAUUUUUACCACAUUCAUGGUAGAUUUCUGCAUUCCUCACUAGUUGUAUCAUCCUUGACUUAUAAUUUUCCACUUGGUGAAUCAUCCACUGCAAUGAGUAGAACGGGUCAUUCAACGAUGAUCUAAAGAAGAAUGCAGAAGUUUUGCAACAUCUUCAUCUAGUUCUAAUGGUUUCAAUCCUGAUCAAAAUCGCAGAGUCCGCCUUUCAGAUCUGUCGUGCCCUCCACGGCGCCUCCGCGAAACUGCUGCCUCCAGGACGCGUCUUCGUAACCCGCAAAGAGUCUUUGCGGAUUGCCAGGGUCCUAGAUGCCGAGGAGAUGGACAUGGCGCGCCGCUUGGUGCCUAUGGGCAAGGUGUAUCAGCUUCCAGAAGUGAGUGAACUCCGUGAAGAACUCGCCCAUUUGUUUAAGGCUCAGAAGAAUUCAUUUCUACAAGUCAUUUCUUGCAGUUAUUUCCUUCUUGGGAUUCUGAAGAAAUGCAGGCAAGAAAUGAAACGUUUUGAGCUCUAAUUUGUCAGAAGUUCAAGAUCGUUGCCGGCAGCGGCUUCACAUGGCCCUGUCGCACAUCCGGGACGUAGAUAUCCGCAGAACCAAGGAGCGGGAAACAUCGACUCCCGGCGCGUUUGAGGUUCUCACAGCCACGCAAAACUUACUAGCUGGGAUCAUGCCAGAGGAGCUGAUCUUGCUGAAUUUUGGAGGUCGCCCGAAAUACUCACUGUGGAAGAACGGGUUUCACCGCAUGCUGAGCGACUUAGACCACUUCCGCCAGGCCUUGCACAAGGCUUGGACAGACCUAGAACUGGUACUGGAGUGUGGGCCUGCGGCGUUGCAUCCUGAGCACUUUGAUCCCCUGACGCAUGAAGACGAGAAGAUCGCACAAGGUGGGGAACAUUCAAAGUCCAUGACUAUGUCUGAUGGAAACAAGUUUGCUCCUCCCACAGGAGGCGCGGCAGGCUCAUCAUCUUCGCAAUACGCACCUUCCCCCAUUCCUGCACGAACUCCGGAAGCUGCACGACAGCUACACUUCCGAAACACGAUCACUAAGAUCAUUCACACAAGUAUCCAAAGUGAGUAUUUUUCGUGGUUGUACGAGCAUCUGGAUAUCCCGGAUCAUCAGAGUUUGUGGAUCAAGCCACGCGGCAUCGGCAAAAUGCGCAGCAUUCAGCAGCAGAGAGAAGACAACUACAAUGUGGCACGUGGCAUUCUGGCGGGUCUGGGCGUGCAUACUGCAAGAGCGCAGUUCUUUUAAGGCUAUAGUUUCAAAGAUACUAGGAUGGACCUUUCGUGAUCAUCUUUCUUUGUUUGAUUGCAUCCACCCUUGUUGUUGAGAUGUGAUGAACAAUUUUUACGUUGUAUUCACUAUGAUCAUAGGUCUCGGCUUCUAAUCGUUUUCUCCCGCGUUGUUGGUGCGCGACGACCCUCUGCUGGCUUGGCUCUACAAAUACGUGCAAAACAUGGUCAUGUUGUGGGAAAGCAUUUUGCGGACCUUAGAAUUGCGCAAAGAGUUAGCAGAUGUGGUAGAGAGUGGCAUUGUUUAUGUGUGGGAAACCGAACGGAAAAGGGAAAUAGAGCGCGAAAACAAGACUCGCGACGAAAUCCUGCGGUUUCAACAAGAGGAGCGCAUGCUGCUGGGGUACGAUCUGAGUUGUCAGCAGAGUGGACAGCACCAGGGAAGCGGCACCAGUGAGGACCUCAUCAUCAAAGGAGCAGUAUUCAUCUCUUCGGGCGAUGGCACCAGCAGUUCGAACAAAGACUUCCAAGGAGCCGCGGCAACUUCUACGACUGGUCUCAAGAGAAAACUGUCGAUGACCACGAUGAAGGGGCUGCAGGCGAAGCGCGAGAACUUGUUAGCUUUGGAAGCUCAGUUGCUAGGUGAAUUCGACCAAACGGGGGAUGUGAUGGAUCCCGAGUUGCGUGUGAGGCAUGACGAGCUGCUAGUGUUAAGGCUCAGCUUUCAAUGGUCACCAUUGAGAUGGGUUGGUCACUGAGAUCGAAGAAGCGACUUCCCCUUGAGAGGAGAACAGGGGAAAAGGAAGGGAAAGGAGAGAGCUUUAAAGGGGGUCUCUUCCGUUCUUCAGCAUCAUGAUGGCCAUUGUUGAGUGCUGAGCUUUAAUAGUGGCAAUUCAGGGUGAACGCCGCGAAGUGGAGCAGGUUUUAUCUACCAGUGAAGCAGCAGGGGCUGCGGACACGGGUGGUCGAGUGUACGCAGUUAUUGCCUCUGACGACGCAGGGAGCAGUUCGGAUGUAGUUGUAAAAGCUCCCGGCGCGGCGGCGAAAAAAAAGAUCGUCACGAAAAAGAAGAUCAUGGGCAAGAAGCCGACGCCCCCUGCAGCCGCACCUGCGUCUGCGACCCCUGACGAAGAAGGAACCAGCGCUGAGCCUGAGCAGUCGGGUGAGGAUAAAGCAAAGCCGCGUACGAAAAAGGGAGGAGCCAAGGCAAAACAACAACCAACAGUUACCGAUCCUGGCACAUCAGGAGAGCAGGCAACCGGCGUAGCAUCAAAUGCAGCACAAGAGGAACUACACUCACGGAAUGGGUCCAUGUCACGGUCUGUUAGUCCGAAGAGUGGUAUUCUCAAAGGUUCUUCUUUCUCUAAGAAAGUCCAGAAAAGUAUCGAAGCGGUGUUGCAGCAUCAGAAGCAGAAUGCCACAUUUUUAGCGGCCAUGCGACCAGGGUUUGCCUUCACCGGUGUAACACUGCCAACACCUGUAGUGUUUCCAGGGUCUAACGUUAAGGCUUCCCCAAAUUCAUCUUGUGAAGCAUCUGCCUUUGAAGGGGCUUCAAGGGGAAAAGAAGAGGGCAAAGAUGCGCAUCAAGAUGAAUAAAGGGAAGGUCUAAUAACAGUGGAAGUGGAGGCACGGGCAACAAGAACAUGAUGAAUAGGCCGUCUAAAAUCAUGAACAAGGACGGAUCUUAUGAUCUUUCCAACUAUGCUGGAGGCCCUUUUAUCGGUAACAACAUGAACAGUGCUCCUAGGCAACCUCCGCUGUCGCGCAUUGAGUUUGAUCUGAUUGCCACAACCUCUAAGGGACAGAGGGUCGGAUUAUUAGACGAAAGAGUGUUGCCAAUGAGAAAAGAGGGGUUGAUGAUCUUUGCGCUCGCAGGAUCGAACAUACCCGGACACUUGCCGGAAUCGGAGCUAAAUUACCACUCCAGUCACGACGUUCAAGCAGAAUUACGCAAACUGUUGAUGAAGAGUCACGCCAAUUUGCUAGCUUCUCUAGAGGGUGGAGGAAGUGGUGAAACGAGUACCCUUCGUCAAGGUGGAGGGGGAGAGCUAGCUUGCGUAGGAGACCAAGCAGCUGGUGGGAGUACCAGCAGUGCAGCUGCUACUAGUAGGAGUUCUAACUCUACUACUACAACUACUAGUAGGAGUUCUCAGCAGAAGCAGGAUGAGUUGCAGCUAGCGCACCAUCGUCACAGGCACCGAUAUUUUGUUGUCCAUAAACAUCACGCCGUUCGCGUGGUCCUGGAGGGUUCCAGGUUGCGCCUCUACAUCCUCACGUCCGGCGCCAACAUGCGGCAGCCAGACACCAUCUCCAACUACUACCUAGACGUUUCGGAACUCAAGGAAAACGCGCAGGUGGCGUUCUUCCAUCAGCACGCAGGGCGUUCGCAGCAGUGGUUUUUCGACGACACUGAUGGGACGCUGAGACCCUUUUUUAGGGCGUAUGGGAAUAAUGCGCAAGGCCGUUUGACGCCAGCCCAACAGUUCGAGGUAGACCUAAAAAAUCAGUCUAGGGCCACAAAGCGGGCAGAAAGGAAUCGCGCGAGUUACAACCUGCGAGCAGCGAUGGGCCUUGAAGAUGUCGUAAGUGGACUUGAUGUUGGAGGAGGAGACCAAGCACAAGGCGCGUAUCAGAAUUUUCCAUAUAAUAUUCCGGAUAAUUCUUCUGGUGGUGACGCGUUAAUAGCGUCUCGAGGUGCUCCAUUCAACGACGCGAGCAAACGUGUCUCGUUCGCACAAGGACCUGGCAGAGGUGGCGGCUACAAUUUCUACGGAGAAGAACCGAGUGAAGACGACGAGGAACAGGGAAAAUCCACUUCAAAUGGCGGUAACUAUGAUGAUUUGGGUGAACAACAGGUGGAUCAUGGAGGCGCCAACACUAGUACAGUCGAUUACGCUGAUGACGGUGCUGCUAGACAGCAGGAAAUAGCUUCUGAUAAUUACAACAACUAUAACAUCGUUGUGGACGAUGUCGAUCCCGCCUCCUCGAGUAAAGACCCAGACUUAGUUGUAGAUCCAGACUCCCUUAUUUUCGGCGGGGGUUCUUCUUCCGCAGCAAAUAAGGCAAGACCUCCACAACCUUUGGGCUUUCAAUCCAGUGGACUGGUCGGCAAGGCAACUAGCACUAGUUAUGCCACCAGAAGUCCUUUGGCUAGCUCGAUUGGGUCAUCUUCGUCAGAUGAAGAACAAGGAGAAACGCAAACAACUUCUGUUAGCACUUCUGUCGUGAAAACCGUGGUGACAGCGUCGUCUACGUCUGCAAACAAUCCUUUCUCAAACACUGCUGUGAACAAUGAUUCUUCAACGCCCAGCCCUUUUACCCUGAACCCUUCUUCAGCGGCCAACACCGAUCAUAGCAGCAUGAGAAAAUCUUUAAUGACAUCAGAGCAGACCACCUUUGCCGACUCACAAAAUCAAGGGUCGGCAACACUCUUACUCGAUCCAACGCGGAAAGUGUCGUCUAGAGGACGGGAGGUUCUUGCGUUUCCUGCAAACGCGCCAGCUUAUCAGGCGGCCAAAGUGUUUAAUCCGACUGCUGGUCAAAAAGACUAUCUAUUUCGCAUCGAUCAACCGAGGACCACAGCCAAAACAGAACAAAGGCGGAUAAAGACCAGGUUGUCCUUGCAGGGUCUGGAUUUGCAGCCAGCGGGGAAGUCGACGCAUUUCGGAAAGAGUAAUUUUGCUCCGACGCCAAGAACUAGUAGUGGAGUAGCUUCGAAUAGUAGAACACCACGAGGAACUAGUACAACUACGGGAACUGCUUCUACAACUACAACAUCAGGAGGGACAGCACCAACUACUAGAUCAAGUACAACAUCAAAUCCAAAUCUUCGUGUGUCUUCUUCUUCAACAAGAUCCAGCACAACAAACAAUUUUGUUUCUCACCCUGCCACGAGUAGAAACAACGUCGCUGGAGGACCUUUGCCCAGUAUUGUCCGACCCUUCAGAAUGGAGCACGUGGCCAGGUCUCUACGUCAGGCCUUCGACUACAAGGAUGGUGGAUACUACAACUGUGAGCACCAAUCCCAUAACGGACCAGUACUGGUGCUGGGGAUGCGACAGGGCAAGAUUCUAUUGGUGCAAAAGGGAAGUCCUGACCAACUGACGUUCGACGCAAGCAUCAUGGACGUGACUGUAAAUGGCGCAAGCAUUUUUCCUACCAAGUUUGCUUCGUCCACAACUAAUGCAGGAGAAAAGGGAGGUGCUUCUGCGGGGCCAUCUGGUGCGUCAAAUAAUAGUAGGAAGACUGCUCCUGCUGUUGGGACAACAAGGACUACACUUGGUCUCGGUACUGCAGGAAAGAAAGGGCGAACAACGACUGCUGCAACAGAAGGAGAGACACCGAGCACUACUGUAGAUACAGCACCCAAGAAGGUACAGGAGCAAGGCCCAGUCGUGAUACCAACCUUGGAGGAGCUACAAUGCCGCGUACUCAGAGAAAUGGCUGGAGAAGUGAUCAGAGGUUCUCCGGAAAAAAGUGGCGUGGUAGCGAAUCAAUUAAGGACCACUCAGUGCUUAUGAGGACUUUCUUCAUUAUCACUAGUACGUGCGAGUACUAAACAAUUUGUAGUAACGAAACGAAAGCCACGUCUUUUCCUUUAGUAGAAAGCCUUGAGCGACCUUGAGCGAUUGGACUAUCAUGAAUUAUGAAUCUGAAUACUUCUUGGAUUAUAAGCCAAGAAGUUGAUAUUGUAUUAAGAGCUAACGUGGAUGAAUACGAAAAACGUGAAUGAAUACGCAGCGGAUUCUAGUCGUGAAUGAAUACGAGUCAUAAAGUAACGCGUGAAUCUGAAUACUUCUUGGAUAAUUAUGCCAAAACUUUCCUUAUACAACUAGUAGGUACAUGAACUAACAUCAAAAAAAAUGUACACAGAGCAUCAUGGAACGAGAGCCGCGAGGCAAGAAUAAAUGAUUGGGAUACAACACGGAAAAUAAAACACAUGAUUUAAUGGCUUAAUUGCAUAUACUUAAUUCUCAAGGAUAAAUCAAUGAAUGCUUAAAAGGAAAAAUUGAGUCUGACCGUUGGGCGCGGCAGUUGUCAACAUGAAAUUGCACGACUGGUUUGAAAUAACACUACAUCAGAGGACACGUUUUGAAGACUGAUCAUACUUUUUUCUAACUACAU